UACGAUCCGGCCAGUUGCUGUCAAGUCGAGUUAAGUUAAAUUCAAUAUACAGUUAUAGUUACCGUUUGUAAAUAUGAAUAAAAUUGUUAGCUAUUGGUAUAAAGGUAACACGUGUCAAGCGGCGGGCUUGAUUAGUCCAGAGGAGAGCGAAAUACUGACCUCCAGCUAUGACUAUGAUUCUAUUGAUGUGGAGGAGCCAGAUCUGGACACGCCCUACGAGCAGCUGGAGAAGAUUAAAACCCGUCUAAAGGAACUGCGAGACCAGCUGAUCUACACACCGCCCGAUCCUUGCGAGCUGGACGGCGCCAGCCUCUCCCCCAAAGAGGACACUUGCUUCCUCACCGUGAGGCAACUGCAACUGCAGCAGCUGCGUCGCAGCAACUGCCUGCUGCGCUGCCAGCUGCAGAGUCGCAUGCAGCACUUGCACAGGGCACGCAAGCAGCUGCUACUGGUCCAGGACAUGCGCUGCCAGCUGAGCAGCCAGCUGGAGAAGAUGAUCGCCGAGAUAAACGUGUUGGAGGAGUUCAAAGUCUCGGCCCAGCAUCAGUUCGGGCUCUGCAUCGAACGAAAUGAGCAGAUCAAGACGAGCAAAAUCGAUCGACAGGAAUUCAGUGAGAGGAUACACGAUAUGUAUUUCCGCAGAGUGGGCUCCAUGCGCGCGCUGGUGCCCCUCGAUUGCCAUAUGGAACUACGCUACACCCUGAACAUCGAGCUCAUACUCGUCCGCAUAUUUCUGAAUGAUGUCUUCGCCAAUUUGACUGAGGAGUUUAAGUUAUACAGUCAGAGUAUAAGAAAUUGUUGUUUUGGAAAAAUUAUCAAACGCAAGAAAGAUAUAAACAAAUGUGCAAAGUUGAAGAAUAAAACGCUCUGACCCGAGUUUCGUUCAUUAA